AUGUUUGCGUGUAAAUUGCAAGCUAUAUGGAUCUUAAUAAUAUUAUUGGCCGUAUCAGUAAAAUCUUCUACGGCGAAUCUUGUUAUUGCCGAUAAAACUACAAAAAAUUUUACAAAUGUGACGGCGGCAAUUGCCCCUGACAGUGGUGGUGGUUAUCCUACACAUCUAGUAUCGAUGGUUGUUCGUGGAUUUCUUACUCUUCUAACUUUACUACGCCUUCACUGGGUUGACUGGACUCAACAGUCGAAAUGGCAUGAAGACAUCGACUUCGAUUCUGAUUGGGUACUAGCGAAUUUUACGUCCCCAUCUUGGGCAGCGGGAUACUACUACGAAACACACACAUAUUUUGGAGAUGAAAACUUGACUAAUAUACUUUGGUGGGAUGGUUGGGUGAAUGGAAUAUAUUGCAAUAAUCUUUAUUUUUAUCUAAAGCAUAUUAUUGACUACAAGCUUAGUUAUCAUUGGAAAAUAAUCUGGGGACAAGAUUGUAGUUAUCCAUUAAAAUAG